AUGAACCGCCUCUUCGGCACCCCCGCCCCAAAAGCCCCCAAACCAACCCUCAACACCGCCAUCACCUCCCUCGACACCCGCAUCUCCUCCAUCGACGUCAAGCUCUCCGCCCUCAACACCGAGCUAACAACCUACCAAACCAAGCUCUCCAAAAUGCGCGACGGCCCCGGCAAGACCGCCCUAAAGCAAAAAGCCCUCAAAGUCCUCCAGCGUCGCAAACAAUACGAAGCCCAGCGCGACCAGCUCCAGUCCCAAGUCUGGAACAUGGAGCAGGCCCAGACAAUGCAGGACAAUCUCAAAAACACAAUGGUCACCAUCGACGCACUAAAGCAAACAAACAAGGCCCUGAAAAAAGAGUACGGCAAGGUCGACAUCGACAAGAUUGAGCGCCUGCAGGACGAGAUGGCGGAUCUGCUGGACGUGGGGAAUGAGAUACAGGAAAGCCUGGCGAGGAGUUAUGACAUUCCCGAAGAUGUGGACGAGGCAGAGUUGGAUGCCGAGCUCGAAGCCUUGGGGCAGGAGGUCGAGUUGGAAAGGGAGAUGAUGGGCGGGGACAUGAAUUCGCUGCCGAGUUUUAUGCAGGAUGAGGUGCCCGAGUUUAUCGAUGAGCCGCCUGUUGCUGGGCAGGCCGGCAAGGUCAAGGAGGCUGCUGGUUAA